AUGGCCGAGGUCAGGGAGGAGCCCCCAGCGCCCCGGGCCGUGCGGGUGUGCCGCAUCUGCGUGGAUUUCCUGCAGAGCCCCGCUGCCGCCGUGGAGCCCUGCGGACACGUGUUCUGCCACGCCUGCAUCCAGCCCCAGGCCGGGCCCGGCGCCGCCGCCACCUGCCCGACCUGCCAAGGGCCCAUCGGGGGCAUCCGCGUGCUGCAGGCCCAGGAGAGCCGCGCCGGGCUGGCCCCGCGCCGGCCCCGCCGCCGCCUCCAUCCCUUCGUGGUGCGCUGGCGCCAGCGGCAGCAGCGGCAGCAGCAGAACCAGAACCAGCAGAACCAGAACCAGCAGAACCAGAACCAGCAGAACCAGCAGCAGCACACCUGGCCUCGGCCAUUCUCCAUUGGCCCCGAGAGGAGGACAAGGCUUGGAGCCAAAUCACCAAGCCACUAUCUCCAGGAACGGCGCCAGUUCCACCCACUGAGCCCUGGGACUUUGGGGGUGCAGCCUCACCACCGCUGGGUGCUCCCUGAGCAGGGCACGACAGGACCCCGCUCCCUUGAGCAGCCAGCUCAGCCCCCUGCGGCAGGAGGAGGCCGGGCAGGGAUGGAGCCCGGCAGGUCGGUGCCGGCCGAGCUGAAGCUCCGCAAGCCCUCGCAGCGGGCCAGGAUCCCGGCGCCCUUCCUCGCACACUCGGACGGGGCGCCCGGGCCGGCGGGGCCCCCCAGGCCGGACCCCGCGGAGGUGGACGCGGAAUCGCUGGUGCCCACGCACGAUGAGCGGGGCCGGCUCAUCCCCGAGUGGAAGCGGCAGGUGAUGGUGCGGCGGCUGCGGGCCCGGCUGGCGGACGAGGAGCCGGCGGGAGGGCAGGUACGAGGGGCACGGGGAGCACCGGGGGAGCGGGCUGCCUGGAGCUUCUCGCCGUCCCACCAAGGCGUGCUGGGCCCGUUCGGGGAGCUGCUGACCGAGACGGACCUGUAUCAGUUGGAGAGGGCAGUGGAGAGCCUGCGGCUGCGGCGGCGCGGCGAGGUGUACCAGAGCGAGCUGCGGCGCCUGGUGCGGGAGCUGCGCGCCCUCCUGCCCGCCCCGCUGCUCAACAUCUCCGUGCGCAGCCCCCCGCCCGCUCCGGGCCAGCCCCUGCCCGUCUGGUGCGGCCGCCUGGCCGUCGCCGUCAACAGCCUGGCCGCGCUGCUGGGCAACAUGGAGGGGCUGCCGGCUCCCCGCGCCGCCGCGGCCGUGCCCGCCGCUCCCUGCGCUCUCCCUGCGGCCGCCGGGCAUCCCCGGGAGCCGGGGGGCAGCCUGGCACAGCGGGAGAUCCGGCAGUGCGGGGUUUGCGUCCGCAGCCUGCGCGGCGCCUUCGAGCCCGCCUGGGGCGCCGCGGGCAGCGCUCCGGCCGGGCCCCGCGAGGCGGAGGCCGCCAGCGACUCGGGCAUCAGCUGCGAGGAGGCCUUUUCCGACGGCGGCUCCCCGCGGCAGGGGAAGCGGCAGGGGCCGGAGUGGGGCAGCUUGAGGAAGGAACGGAUCGUGAUGCUCUUCCUGAGCCACUGGAGACGCUCCGCGUACGCGCCCUUACGGCCCGCCGGGGACCCUCGGGAGACAGCGGGGAGCGGGGCCGGGGCUGCGGCCCGCCUGGCCCGGCAGCGAGCGGCCAUCCAGAAGCUGCUGAACGGCUGGAGGGACGCCGCCUCCCGCCGGCCCCCGCCGCCGCCCCCCGCCCGCACCCUGCUCUCCCCGGAGCAGUUCGUGUCGGCGGCGGGCGGCGGCCCGGCCGAGUACGAGAGCUUGUCGCUGGAGCUGUUCAUGCUGGGCUAUUUCCGCAUCUUGGAGCAGGACCUGUCCCCCGAGGAGCGCCGAGGCCGCCACCUGCUCUGUUUCGAGGUGUUCGAGCAGCUGGGCCGGCACGGCUGGCGGGCGGUGCGCGCCUUCCACCGCGCCGUCAUCGACGAGAUCGCGGCCGGGCGGCGCGGCUGGCGCGACGGCUUCGACGACAUCAAGGCUCGGUACUUCGGGACUCCGCACGGCCCGGGCCAGCUGCCGGGGCUGCCCGGCGACGAGGGGGACGAGAUUUGUCGCUACAUCGAUCGCAGCUUCGCCUUUUGGAAGGAGAAGGAGGCCGAGAUCUUCAGCCUGGAGGAGUGAUGCCGAGGGGCUCCGGAGGCCGCGGGCUGCAAUAAAAACCUUCUCGGUUGUGUCCCGGCUGAGCGAGGCUUUGGGGGCGGUGGAGAAAGCUGCUGAGCUGGGCGGGCCGCCGCAGCAGCCCCGCUCCCCCUCUCCCCGGGCGGGUGUUUCAGCCGCGUGUUUUCGGCUGCCCCGGGGUGAGAUA